ACUCUAUUUCAUUCUGUGUCUCGGCGUGUAUCUGAAACUGCAGCAAUGGAGUCCAUUUCUCUGACGCAUGCAAUCUCUGCAACAAAUCACAGCUUUCGAUGGAGAAGAAAAAGGAACCCAGAAAAGCCAUUUCACACGCAAAGGUUUCACCUUCACAAACCAACUGGGCGACUUCAGAAAAUCCAUUCCAAACACUCGGAUUUCCAAGAUUUAAAGGGCUAUGCAAAGCCUUCACGUCUCUUGCCAGCUACAGAAGUGAAAGUCUGCACAGAUAACUCAGUGGUAAAGGCUUUCUCAUCUUUAAGUGAUGAUGGAUCUCAGUCUCUAUAUAAAGUUAAGUUAGGUACUAGUAAUGUUUAUGGCUCAAGUCUCUCUGACUUGAAUGCUGGAAUCCUCCUGUGCGUGAUAGACGAAAACGGUGACUCCAUAUUACAGAGGAUGCCCUCAAGUUUGAUAACAGAUCAUUCUACAGAGUCAGAGGAUGGCAUACUUCAUUUUCAACGAGGUUCUGUUGAUGAGUUCAUCUUUGAGGGACCUAAACUUGGAAAAGUUGAAGCCGUUUGGAUCAGUCUUGAAUCAGGCCAAUGGAGGUUAGGAAGUGUGAGCUUGACCGUUAUUUGUGGGCAACAAAGUUCUUUGGAGGAAAAAGAUGGAGAAAAACUUCAGUAUAUUGGUUUCAAUUACAAAUUUGAGGUUGAUGAUAUCUUGCUGGGGGAGGGAAGUGAUAGUUCCAUGGUGGAACUUAGACCUUGCCUUGUCACCAAGCUAUCUGGGGUUGACCCUUUCACCAUCUUCAAUAAAAGCAUCCCUGAAUCAACUAUGCUUGUGGGCCGUGGGAUAUCAAACGAGGAAACCAUGAGAGAAUAUGAAGAUUUGAAGUUAUCUUUGCUACUUUAUGAUGCCAUGCUGAUCUUUGUUGGUACAUCAGUCGCAUCCUUCUCAGUGGGGGAAGAUGUGAGUUUUGCGUUUUUAACUGGUGGCAUUGGCGGCUUCUUGUAUCUGCUGCUACUGCAACGGUCUGUUGAUGGAUUACCUGCUCCAGAAUUGACUUCCGGUAACACAGGAAGGUCCAACCAAAUCUUUGGAGGAUCAAAGGGCCGAAUAUUUGGCCUUGCAUUGGCAAUUGGUUUUGCUUUAUUCACAGUGAAGUAUGGCUCGGGGGAUGCCCCCAUGGAAUUCACACCUAAGGAACUCAUGGCUGGGAUGAUCGGAUUUCUUGCAUGUAAAGUUGCUGUGGUGUUGGCAGCAGUUAAGCCCAUGCGAAUUAGUCUAAAGAUAAACGAGUGAUAUAUCAUCUCUGUUUCCACUUUGAGGAAGAACGAGAGGUGAAAAGAUUUACAAACUUGUAUAGGACCUUCAAUGGAGACAAUCCAGCUGUAUUGUAUAUUUUAGGAAAAAGAGCUGCAGAUUAUUACACUCAAGUUACACAUCAUUAAAGUUAAUAGAACCAAAAUUGUUCUGUUCUUAGAAUUCCCUGUUGAACUCUUUUUUUACCCACUUGUUUUCAUCUGGCCAACGUUAAGUU